AUGAGGCUCUGCUCGACCGAUAACGACUGUUCUCCCCAAUCUGGAAUGUUUUGCUUAGAAAACGUCUGUGUUCAACUUGGACAGCAGUGCAACAUGAACAGCGAUUGCCCGUUUCCAUCACUUUCCUACUGCGAAUCAAACCGAUGCACGAAACCGGGACUAGUUUGGAAUCCAGCUUGGGACCUCCCAACUGGUGAUGGAUGGAGACUUAUGAAACAAUGUAAAACAGACAACGACUGCUUUCCUCAGUCAAAUGUAUUCUGCCUGGAUAAUGUCUGCAUCCAGCUUGGACAGUAUUGCAACAGAAACAGCGGCUGCCCGUUCCCGUCACUUACGUUUUGUGGAGGAUCCCGAUGUACGAAAUCCGGCGUGGUAUUAAACAUUGAAGUAGUCCCAACUACUAUGGGUAUGUCGGGAGUAACAAUGUGUAGAACGGACAAUGACUGUCCCAUUAGGUCGAACAUGUUUUGCCUCGGGAACGUCUGCAUUCAACUUGGACAGCAGUGUAGCACAACCUCUCAGUGCCCUUUCCCAUCCCUCACGUCCUGUGUGGGAUCGCGAUGCACAAAAGCGAUGGCAUCAUCGAAUCCAUUUUCCCAAACGUCAGGUGAUGGAGGAUUUCCACUGACUACGUGUCAUAGCAACUGGGACUGUCCCACCAAUUCCCAAGUAUAUUGCCUUGAAAAUGUUUGCGUUCAGCUUGGACAACAGUGUAGCACAACCUCUCAAUGCCCUUUCCCAUCUCUUACGUCUUGCAUGGGAUCACGAUGCGUAAAGGCCACGACAGCACCUAUUUCCUAUUUCCACACUGAAAGAGGAGGAGGGUAA